GUAUAACUUGUUCGAUCAUGGCGAUACUGCCAACUCACCAUAGUAGAAAUUUUCAUCCUAUUCCCGUCAAUAGAUCGGGUCUUAGGCUUAGGGAAAAAUAUGUAUUAAUGUUAAUAUUUAUAGCUUUCCUCUUUCUAUGUUUUGGAGCAUUUUUCUUCGUACCAGACCUAAGAGAUAGAACAUAUCUUGAGGACGCAUACAGGAGGUUUGUUGGUGGCGGAGGGGACAUUGUGCCAAUAAAGGCCCCAAAGACACCGAUUGUUAAAAUAGCAGAUGACUUUACUCCGCAAGUCAGUGAAUUUAGCAAACCAGAGACUUCCGAUACUAACCGAAGAGAAACAGGUCAAUUAUCAGAGAGGACAACUUCAAAGUUAUCUUUAACACACAAGGAAUUGAUAGAGAUGAUAAGGAAGGACAAAGAGAAAUUCAUCAAAGAUCAAAAGGCUGAGAAAGUUGCGGUAAAGGAAGCUAGAAUCGAGCAAUUAGUUAACAAUUCCAAGGUGGAUGACACUGGUGCUAAGGGAAUCACUGGAGGGGAACCUGCCGAUGAAAGGACUAGAGAGAGAAGAAAUUUUAUCAAGAGGAUGAUGGAACAUGCAUGGAAUGGUUAUGUAAAGUAUGCUUGGGGCAGCAAUGAGUUGCGACCAAUUAGCAAGUCAAGCCAUGCAGCAAGUAUAUUUGGAGCUUCCUCGUCUGGUGCAACAGUCGUUGAUGCUUUAGACACAUUGUACAUUAUGGGCAUGAAAGAUGAAUUUGAACGUGCUAGAAAAUGGGUGGCAAUGUCUCUAAGUUUUAAUCAUGCGUCAGAUGUAUCUGUGUUUGAAACUACAAUUCGCUUUCUUGGAGGACUACUCUCUGCUUACGCAUUCAGUGGAGAAGAGGUUUUUAAGGUAAAAGCUAAGGAAGUAGGGGACAAAUUGUUACCUGCAUUCAAUACUCCAACUGGAAUACCUUGGGCCAUGGUUAAUUUUGCCAGUGGCAGUGGACACAAUUGGGGUUGGGCAUCUGGGGGAUGUUCCAUUUUAGCAGAGUUUGGCACCCUGCAUCUGGAGUUUGUUUAUUUGUCAAAGAUCACAGGGGACCCAAUCUAUGCCAAAAAGGUUUACAGAGUACGAGAAGUCCUUGAUCAAAUAAACAAGCCCAAUGGAUUGUAUCCCAACUACUUAAACCCCAGAAGUGGAGUUUGGGGCUCACAGCAUGUUUCAUUGGGUGCAUUGGGAGACAGUUUUUAUGAAUACUUAAUCAAGUCAUGGGUGAUGAGUGGAAAAACAGACAAUGUGGCUAGGCGGAUGUACGACAAAGCUGUGGAGGCCAUAGAAAGAAUGUUGGUUCAAAAGUCACAGCCUUCCAACCUUACAUACAUUGCAGAGUACAAGUAUGGCAGGCUGGAACACAAAAUGGAUCACUUGGCUUGUUUUACUGCUGGGAUGUUUGCUCUUGGAGCUAAAGGUUCUAGAAGUGAGAAACAUUUCAUCAACCUUGGUGCAGAACUUGCUAACACAUGUCAUGAAUCUUACCGCAAAACAGCUACUGGUAUUGGCCCAGAAGCCUUCAGGUUUGAGGGACCUCAUGAGGCAGUUGGUAUUCGCGUGAAUGAGAGAUACUAUAUUCUUCGACCAGAAGUGAUUGAAGGAUACUUCUACAUGUGGCGGUUUACUCAUGAGCCUAAGUAUCGUGAAUGGGCCUGGGAGGCUGCUCAGAACAUUGAAAAGUUCUGUCGUGUUGAAGCAGGGUACAGUGGCAUACGAGAUGUAGCCUCCACAGCAGUGUCACAUGAUGACGUCCAACAGAGUUUUUUCUUGGCAGAAACUCUGAAGUAUUUGUAUUUGAUAUUUUCUGAUGACAGCCUUUUGCCUCUGGACCAAUGGGUGUUCAACACAGAGGCCCACCCACUCCCUGUUAUAGGAAAAAUGCAGAAUAGAUAGUUAAAGCUAAUAUCUUUUAAAAUGUAAUGGAGAAGUAUUCUCUAGAAACAUUUUUAAAUUUAAUGGAGAAGUAUUCUCUAGAAAUCAUACAGUAUUACCUCUGCCACUGAAAAUUGCAUCAUUAUCGAAUCAUAUCAGUAUUCAUGGCUUCAGCUUUGAGAGACAUUUUUAAUUUGAUGUAUUACCACCUUCAGUUACCUCUUCUCCCAGUUUGUCUACCUUCUUUUAGAAGUUUCAUGAUUUUUUUUCUGUUGUUAAUCAAAGUGUAAAAAUUCAAACAUAAAAAGGACAACAACCAAACAUGAUUUAUAUUUCAUUGGUAAUUUAGAAGUCAUUGAGGGCACCUUUUAAUGUAAGCCGUAUGAUUUCUUUAGCUCUCUCUAGCAUUUAAUUUUUAUUUUAAAACAAUUCUUUGUGAAGUUUAUGGUGGUGGAUAGACUUGAAAUUGAAAUAGCCAGUGAACUAAAAAAAAAAUGUCUUUCAUAUGCUUUUGAAUGGCAGAGUGGUUUCUGGAGUAUACUUACACCGUUAAAUGGCAUACUCAGAAUUUGAAAAUAGGAACAGCACAUGUACAAAGUAGUUUAAAUUUUUCCAAGUUUUUGUAGAGCUAGUAAUAUUUGCAUGAUUUGUAUAUCUGGAGAUCUUUUCAAUGACUUCCAGCACUUGAGGGUUAAAAGUAGGUAGAAUUACAGUCCUCUGACAAAGUAACUCUCUAAUCAAUUGCAAAGGAGUGCUGUACAGCUUUUACUCAUUUAUAAUGGAUAAAUUAACUCAUUAAGAAACAACCUUAUAAGUAAGUUUGUUUAUGUCAAGAAACUGUGAUGUUGUCAACUUCUACUCUAAUUCUCUUAUUAAUCCAGUUCAAAAGUUGAAGAAAGAAAUAUAAUUUUUCAUUGUAAAUACUAGGUGUUCAGACACCUGAAUUGACAGAAACUAAAAUUUUUUGUAAGUGCACUAUUUACUCAGUGUUGUUGGAGGUUUUGUUUUUGUUUUUCCAAAUAAUUUUGGAACGAAAUUGGCUCUCUUUUGGUGCAUAAAUUUAGGAAAAAACCUCCUCAAGCAUCACUGGGUAAACUGAAUUUUUAUGUUGGAGGGGAGAUCAUAUUUCCUGAAAACAACGGUAAGAUCACUGGAAAGUUACUAACACUAGUUUAGAACAUGAGGGAUAUCAAGCAGAUAUGCAUGGCCUCCUAAACUUAACAACAGCAGUUGUGUUCCCAGCUAUUCAACUGUUCAUGGUGUAAUUCUAAAAGUCACCCAUUUCUUUUACAGGUGAUUGUUCAAUUUUUUUUCUUUGGUUUCAUUAUUUCUUUUUCAAGUUCCUUGCUAUGGUUAAAUGGUCAAAGUUUAUUGUGUGAGGCUGCAAACUAUUAGAUAUUCAGCAAUACAGCCACAAAUCCUUUAUCAGCAUCAAAUUUGAUCAGAGGUUCUAAGCAAAAGCAUAAGAAUCUGGACACAUGCAGCAGCACACAAAUCUAUUUGACAAACAGAAAUAUUUUGGAAACUUGGGUCUGUACUAAAGAUAAAGAAAAUAGGCUUUGGCAAAAGCACAACACUAUAUAUAGGUGCUUGUGGUUUUCUAACAAUUUAAGUUUUCCUUUACUUGUAUUUUACAUUUACUUUUUCUUCUUUUCAAUCUCGCCCUAAUUUUGACCCUAACCAUUCCUUUUAGUAGUCUAAUUUUUUUACAUUUUCAUACUUUUGCUUUCUUAUACUGCACACAAAUUUCACAUUACAUAUGGAACCAAUUGACACUUUGCCCUUGCAAUGCAGUGCAAUAUAUUUAUGGGUUGUGCCCAUAUAAUAAGGGUAAUAAAAUAAUAGUAAUGGUGGGCUGGCACAGCAAAGGAGUUAGAAUUACUUUUAUUGUGAUAAUCUACAACCAUGUCGCUCUACAGCUUUUAAUUUCAAUGCAAUAAAUGUACGAUCUUCUUCCAGGUA